AGUGUCAGCGAAGACACGCGCAUGAGAAAAUACUUGGUCUCGUCAACGUACUCCUCACCGACAUCUGCCAGUUCCGUGCUGUGAUUUUUUCAUUUUAAAGUGCAAUGUCAUCGACCUGCAAUAAUUGCAAGUAAGGCUAAAAAAAAAUCUGACUGUGAGUUCCCAAAAUUUGACGGAAAACCAACAAACAGACAUCACCAACUAAACCCCAAAUCUCACUGUUCUCGUUGUUGGGUCUCUUUGUGAAGUUGACCCAUUCUUAGGAGCAAAUCAUGGGGGAGUCACCAGGGCUACUAAAAGUGAUGGUUGUGCAAGGAAAAAGAUUGGUAAUCCGGGAUUUCAAGAGCAGCGAUCCUUAUGUGGUAGUCAAGUUAGGCAGUCAGACGGCAAAGACCAAGGUUAUCAACAGUUGCCUUAAUCCUGUUUGGAAUGAAGAGCUAAGUUUUUCGCUCUCAGAACCAGUUGGAGUUCUAAAUUUGGAAGUGUUUGAUAAAGACCGAUUCAAGGCAGAUGACAAGAUGGGACAUGCCCACCUCAGCCUUCAGCCAAUAAUCUCCGCUGCUCGAUUGAGACAGAUUAUAGGGGCUUCCUCGGGGGAGACAACAUUAAGGAAGGUCGUCCCAGACUGUGACAAUUGUCUUCUUGUGGAGAGCUCGAUCAGUUGUGUAAAUGGCGAGGUGGUGCAGAGCGUUUGGUUAAGGCUUUGCGAAGUGGAGUCUGGCGAGAUUGAGCUGAAGAUCAAGUUAAUUGAUCCUCCUGUUGCUCCCUCAAGGUAGUGCAUCAUCUACAGUUGGCAUAGGCUUUAGGUUUCUUACAAUGGAGGGGAAGAGGUGAAUAUGUAUUUGUAGUUUAGUUUAUCCUCAUGUAACCCCUGAAAGAGAUGUUUAAGGCAUUUCCAAUGUAGAAUUAGUAUUUUGAUUCUAUGAAUGUCAGUUGGCUCAAGUUGAACCAAGCUGCAGGUUUGUUUA